AUGCCUUCCUCUUCCGCAGUAGUAACGCCUAGGGAAAUAUUUCUCUACAUUCCAAACUUAAUUGGGUACUUCCGUGUCUUGACCGCCGUCUUGUCUUUCGGAUGUAUGAAGAACCAUCCAUGGUAUACAUUGGUACUCUAUGGUAUUUCUGGGUUCUUGGAUGCAUUCGAUGGCUAUGCGGCCAGGAAAUAUAACCAAGGUACUAAGUUUGGUGCAGUGUUGGACAUGGUCACUGAUAGAUGUGCUACAUCUUCGUUGAUCUGUUACCUCUGUGUAAUAUAUCCAAACUACUGUCUAUUAUGGCAAUUAUUGGUGUCAUUGGAUUUGGCCCUGCAUUACAUACAUAUGUAUGCUAUGUUAUCGUCAGGAUCUGCCUCCCACAAGAAUGUUGAUGCAGAACAGUCCAAGAUCUUAAACUUGUACUAUACCAACAGAAAAGUGUUAUUCCUUGUUUGCAUGGUGAAUGAAUUCUUCUAUGUCGCCGUCUAUUUACAUUCAUUUGACUUUUUCUGGCUAGGCACAAUGAUGGUCUGGUUGAGUGCUCCUUUGUGGUUAUUUAAGCAGUUUGCUAAUGUAAUUCAAUUGAAAGCUGCAGCUUUGAUUUUGGCCAAGAUUGAUGCUCAAGAGAAGUCAACCAAAGAACAUGAAAACUAG